GCCUGCAGGAUCACCUCAGCUGUCUCCACAUCUGGAUAUAAAACCAGCACAUCUAUAUCUCAAGGCGCCUAAAAACGCGUGCAUUCUUCCUCAGUGACAAGGACUUGCAACAUGGCUUCGGACUGGCUUUUCACCGCGGAAGGCCUCGCGGCAACUCUCGAACUCGUACCUGGAGGCCCUCAAGGGAUGGACGAAAGAGCUCGGGCAGACUUUGUCUCACAUCAGCUCGGUGGACUGCAACGAAGUCCUUCGCACAUUCAGGAUCCUACUUAUGCCGAGUACGCAGCCAAGUACAUGCCACAGACGAUUCAGAAGUGGCGAGAGAGCCAGUACGUGAUGGCAGCCGCGCCGCUGCUCCUAAACGAAUUGUCACAUACACCAUACUUCAUGCGUCUUGCUCUCAUCCCCGAGAACCAGGACCUUGUUGUCAUGCAAGUCCGGCGCACACUGGCCGACGCCGACACUAUCCAAACCCUCGAGUCGGAGGAAGUCAUCAGAACUCUUCAAUUCCUGUCCACUCUACUCCUCGUACAAGGAACGGACAACAUCCCCGCGGAGGACAAGGCAGCGCUGGUCGCACGACUUCAGGUCUGGAAGCGGAGGUUCUCUCACAUCCUCGCAGGCGAGAUCGCUGAGCGCUGCCUCGGGAUCAUCAACAAGGAUACAGUCGUGGACGAGCUUCUCAAGGCGUAG